AUGGUUCUUCAUAAUGAUAAAUGGAAGAAAAAAGCCAGUAAAAAAUAUCAUAACAAGCGUGGAACAGCUUUAGGUUCAGAUUUAAAUGAAUCGUCGGCAAGAAAAAUAAAUAUUUCCUCUGAGGAUAAUCAUCAUAAUUCUGAUGAAUUAUUAUCCAAUAGAAAAGUAAAUAAUUAUGUAGAAACAAUUAUUUCUGAUGAAGAUAUAUGGGUUGAUUAUACAAAAGUUUUAGCAAAAGAGUUUACGUUACCUGAGCCUGACAUUAUUUCAAAUGAUGAACUACCGAAAAAUCGUUUUGGGAAAGGAAAACUGGUAUAUGAAGAUGCAGAAAAUGUUUAUCAUUUGCGUCGCCAAGUAGAAAAUGAACUUUCUUUAAAAGAAAUAAAAAAAAAAUAUAAUUCCAGAGUUAAAGUACGUACAGUCAAAGGACUUUGCUUAGACAUGGAGAAGUCAGAAUCUGACAUUGAAGAUAUUGAUGAGCUUCUAAAAAAAACGGAGUUUGUUGAAAAACAAAUAGAUGAUAACAUUUCUCAAGAAAAAUCUAUACAGAUGAAUACAAUAAUUAAAGACAAAGAAUUAGAAGAUUUCUUAGAUAAGUUGUUAAAUUAA